GCAGUGGAGAUUUGUUGGUGAUGACUAUAGGAGAAAGAACAGAAUUAUGAGGUUCGGUUUUUAUAUUUGAGAUGCUAACAGAGUACUGUAGGACUAUAACAGACCCAUUCUUCGUUACUAUACUCGCUAAAUACGGAUUGAAGGUAUUACGUCUCGACCACAUGGCACAAAUCCAGCCUUAAACCUCCUUGUGUUCCAGCUGAGGGGAGGGAUGGAGAAGCGGAGGACGCAGCAGCAGCAGCACCGCGGUCAGCGCGCAGCGGCGUCUCCACACAGAUUCAGUCGACCUGAGUUAUUUUGGUAGCGCAAUUAUCCCGCAAAUCCCCGAGGUGUUCAGUGGUCGGACAAAGGCAUUUCCCUCGGGAUCAAUAAAGUAUCUAUCUAUCUAUCUAUCUAAAAGGAAGCCAGAGUAAAUGACGCCACUGUGAUGUGAAGGAUGAUGGAAAAGUGUGGUGGCACGUAGAUAGAAGAGGAAGAGGAGGGAAACUGUCCUGGACAGAGUUGAACGUGUUCUUCUUUCGGAGACGUACGAUGAAUGUGAAAAAAGUGGAGGCUUUGAUUCAGUUAUCUUCUGAAAGCUUCAGCUGGUCACUCUAAAGAGCAUGUUACUGACAGAACACUUCUCUUCACAUGACAUAAGUUAAGUCUGAUUCCAACUUGACUGCCACUGGUGAUGAAAAUCUGCACUUUGAGACUGAAACGACAGGGGGUAAGAUGUAUGUGGAGUCAGUUGUCCGAUGGGGAGCGUGGAGCAUCCUGCUCUACUUUGGACUGGUUGUAUCUGCAGGAGGCUGCCCUCCACGUUGUGUGUGUCAACCUGAGGCUAAAGUGAUCUGCUCUGGCAAACAUUUGAACUCAGUGCCAGAGGGCUUUUCCAGCAAUGUUCGGUGUUUGGACAUAUCCCACAAUAAGAUUAAGACUGUGGGGCGCCGCCAGUUCUCUGGACUCCUGCAACUUCAAGAGUUGGACCUCAGUGAUAAUAUAAUCUCCAUGAUUGAGGUGGAGGCUUUCCAGGGUCUACAGAAUCUCAGGAUGCUCCGGAUUAAGAAUAAUCGUCUCAAGAUCAUCCCAGUUGGGGUUUUUUCUGGCCUCUUUAGUUUGCGCUUUCUGGAUCUGAGCCAGAAUGAGAUUCUGGUCUUCUUGGACUAUACCUUCAAAGAAAUGGUUAACCUGCAAACGCUGGAAGCUGGGGAGAAUGACUUGGUGUUCAUCUCACAGCGGGCUUUCUUCGGUCUGCAGAAUCUGCAGGAGCUCAACCUGGACCGCAGCAACCUAACCUUCAUUCCCACUGAGGCACUGUCCCAGCUCCAGAGCCUGACAUGUCUUCGCAUACUACGACUCACCAUCUCUACACUGCCCAACAACGCUUUCCGCCGGCUCCACCGUCUGCGUAGCCUCCUGAUUGCAAACUGGCCAGCACUGGACACUAUCGCUAGCAGCAGCCUGAUUGGGCUCAAUUUGACCUCGCUUGUCAUCAGUAGCUGUAACCUAAGUGUGGUUCCUUACUCAGCACUCCGUCACCUGGUCUAUCUGCGCUUCCUGGACCUGUCCUACAACCCCAUCACUGUUAUCCAAGGUAACUUGCUAGGGGACCUCCUGAGACUCCAAGAGUUACACCUAGCAGGAGGGAGCCUGCUACGAAUUGAGCCAGGGGCCUUUAGAGGACUGGCUUAUUUCCGCUUGCUUAAUGUGACUUCCAAUCAACUCACUACUUUGGAGGAGAGUGUCUUUCAUUCUGUGGGGAACCUUCAGGUGUUGCGGUUGGACGGGAACCCCUUAGCAUGUGACUGCCGGCUUCUCUGGGUGGUCCGCCGCAGAGUGCGCUUAAACUUUGAGGGACAUCAGCCCACUUGUUCAUCUCCUGAUGCAGUGAGACAGCGUGAAUUCCGAGACUUUUCUGAUAAGGAUCUCCCGACGCUGUUUACCUGCCGCCCUCCUCAUAUCAUGGACCGCAGGUCACAGGAAGCCAGAGUAGAGGAGGGCACCACAGUUCUCUUCUCUUGUAAGGCUGAUGGGGAUCCAUUUCCAUUUAUCACUUGGAUCUCAUCUCAUAAGAAUGUGGUUUCCCCAACUGGACGAAUCAGAGUUUUGCCCAAUGGUACUCUAGAAGUGCGUUUUGCCCAAGUUCAGGACAGUGGCACAUAUCAGUGCCUGGCUGGCAAUGCAGCUGGCAAUGACAGUCUGGCUGUCAAACUGUAUGUGAAGGGGCUCCCUCAUAACCGAACCAUUUCUUUCUUCUCAGAAGAGGGCUGGGUAGAGCCUUCAAAUACACAAGCUGUUAACUCCUCAGCUCAAAUGGCCAAGCCAUACCCGUUUGACGCAAAGACUCUGAUUAUUGCCACCACCAUGGGUUUCCUAUCCUUCCUCAGCUCUGUGGCCAUCUGUUUUGUCUUUAUGUUCUUGUGGAGCCAGAGCAAAGGUCAAAUAAAGCACACAGCAACUAUUGACUUUGUUCCUCGGUCUUCCAUGAGUGGAGGAGGGGAUGGAGGUGAUGGUGGCAGGUUCACCAUGAAACUUAUUUAAAGCCAAGGAAGAGGGGGAAAGGGUUUUUAUAUUGAGUGUGAACUUUUCUGCUCAUUGGAACACUUGAGGACUGAGACCUUGACUCAGAGGCCACUUUUCAAGAAUAAAUUUGAGCCAGUUUGCUGGGUGUGUGCUAGCCGUCUGCUAAAUUAAGAGCUAAAAGUUACAUCUCAGCACCCACUUGUCUGUGUUAUCUAACUAAUGAGUAUUUCAUGAUCCUGGAAUGGAAAGAAGUUAAUGACUAGCCAGAGCUCUCUCAUGAUUACUGUGCAUUAGUUUAGAACAAUUUGUGCUUGAAUAAGCAAAUGACAAUUUCCUUAGCACAGGUCAAAUUUUUAAUGUACCAUGUAAUUAUAAAACAGUUUUAAUUUUCACCGAGUUUACACUUAACACAUGAUGGCAGUUUGAGUUUAACACAUUUAUCACAGGUUUCUAUUUUAUUGAAACAUACCAGGUGCUUGUUUAAUCAUCCAUAUUGUACAAAUGUGUUCAGCUUUAUGUCUUCACUUGUCGAUUCAAGCCAAGUAAACACUGUCCAUUCGAGCCUUUGGGUUGCUAUUUCUGCUUAUCCACAGAGGAUCAUGUGAAAGACUGUCAGUCCAGCAUUUGUUAUACGACUCUAACAUGUGAAUAUAUGACUAUAAAGCUUUUGAUACUUGCAGAUAAUAUACUGAAUAGACUAGACAAAUAAUUAGAGUUUUUUAUGAUGAACUUUAUGAUUACAUUUUGAACAUUUCGGAGUGUUCCAGUAUGUUUCGGGUAUGCUGCUUUCUGUUCUAGGUACUGCUUACUUUAUAUGAUUAAAAAGGCAAUGAUAGUACACCAUAAUGUACACAGGAAUGUAUUCUUUCAUAUUUAAAACAAGUUUAUAAGGUCCAAAUUUGAUCACUGCAUUAUUUUGUACGUUAUCAUGUAAUUGCAUUAGAUGACCUUUUGUUCCACCAGAAGAUGCUUUGUUUUCUCCUUUUUAUAUUCAAGAAAUUAUUAUUAUUAUUAUUAUUAUCCACACAAAACACUGAAACAUAUGUGCCUCGGUAACAUUCUUGCCAUCGAUAGAGAAAAUGUUCCCCUGAUCACCAUUAUCUUGUAAAUGUUUAAGUCAAGGGUGUUGGUGCAUGCAGAGUUUACUCAGUCUUGUGAUCCAGUUCUGGGAAUUAGUGUCACUCAAAUAAACUGCUCUGUGUGCACACAACACACAAAGCAAUGAAAGCAUGUAAAUUAUGCACACACACAGCACUGACAGGUUUGCUGACUUCUUUCAUCUUAUGUCAUUAAAUGGCUAUAUUUAC